AUGAGAGAGCUUUUACACAACGUCGGCGGAGGCACCGCGGUGGCCCAAGUGCACGCCACCGACCGGGACAUUGGCCUCAACAGCGUCCUCUCCUACUACAUCACCCAAGGCAAUGAGGACCUGACCUUCCGCAUGGACCGCGUCACGGGGGAGAUCUCCACCCGUCCCUCACCGCCGGACCGCGAGCGCCAGAGCUCCUACCACUUGGUGGUCACCGUGGAGGACGAGGGCAACCCGUCCCUGUCCGCGACGACCACGGUUGUCGUCACGAUCCUGGACGAGAACGACAACGCUCCCGCCUUCCAGCAGCCGCUGUACGAGGUCACGCUGGACGAGGGCCCCGACACGCUCAACGCCACCCUCGUCACCGUCUGGGCCCGCGACCAGGACGAGGGGCCCAACGGCACCGUCGCCUACGCCAUCACCGAAGGCAACAUCCUGGGCACCUUCCACAUCGACAGCGCCACGGGGCAGAUCCGCACCGUGAAGGAGCUGGACUACGAGAUCAGCCACGGGCGAUACACCUUGAUCGUCACGGCCACAGACCAGUGCCCCCUCCUCUCACGCCGGCUGACGUCCACCACCACGGUGUUGGUAAACCUCAAUGACAUCAAUGACAACCAGCCCACCUUUCCGCGGCCCUACGAGGGACCCUUCGACAUCACGGAAGGGCAACCAGGCCCACGCGUGUGGACCUUCCUGGCCCACGAUGGAGACUCGGGGCCCAACGGGCAAGUGGAGUACAGCAUCAUCGCUGGGGACCCUCUUGAUCCUGGUGGGCGUGCGUGUGCUGGAUAUUAACGAUAACGACCCUGUGCU